CUACAAAAGACCGCUGUGUUAGCAGAGCAGGUAAUAUUUUAUAUCUGCAUCAGCACGUCAAGGAGAGACAUCAGAGAAGCGAAGAGAGAAGAAAUCACCAGAUAGCAAAGAUGCAGCAGAGUCUGUUUCUACUCAUUCUGAUGGGUCAGUGUUCCUUCUUCACAUGUCACCUCUAUGAGUACCACUUUAUUGAAGAGAAAAUGUCCUGGAAGGAAGCCCAGACAUAUUGCAGAGAGAACUACACGGACCUGGCCACAGUGUCUAACAUGACAGACAUGAAGAGACUCCGUGACUCUACAAAGAAGCAAGACGAAGCCUGGAUUGGUCUGUACAGCAACCCAGGAAAAGAAAACAGGAGCUGGCACUGGUCUCUGCCAGGGGUGGAGUUCAAUGAUAAUGAGACAGAAUGGAGCUCGGGAGAACCAAAUGAUAAAGGAGGUAUCGAGAACUGUGUGGAGAUGGAAAAUCACACAUGGAAGGAUUUCCCUUGUAUAAAAAAAUUUAAAUUUAUCUGCUACGAUGAAAGAAAGCAAUCCAAUGAUAAAUUCAGUUUGAUUAACAAAGUAAUGACCUGGCCACGGGCUCAGAACUACUGCAGACAACAUCACACUGACCUGGUCAGUGGACUCAAUCAGUUAAAAGAACUAACGGAUGUCAGUUAUUCUGGAAAGAAAUUGUGGAUCGGCCUGUUCAGAGACACCUGGAGGUGGUCAGAUGGGAGCAAUUCUUCUUUCAGAAACUGGGAUCUGGAGUUAUUUAAAGAUGAAGACAACAAGACAUGUGCUAUGACUGUGUUAAAUAGAGUUGGAAAAUGGAACUCUGAUGAUUGUAAUAAAACAAAGCCCUUCUUCUGCUAUGAUGAUAAAGUGAUCCUGAUCAAACAAAAGAAGACCUGGGAGGAGGCCUUACAUUUCUGCAGAGAGAACCACAAUGACCUGGUCUCCAUCACUAAACCUGACGAGCAGAGAUGGGUCCAAGAGAGAGCCAAGAAGGCCGACACUCCUUUUGUCUGGAUGGGACUGCGCUACACCUGCACUCUGGAUCUUUGGUUCUGGGUCAGUGACGAGCUGGUCUGCUAUAAGAACUGGGCCCCAGGUCAAAAGAUGGAUGAGUGUGACAUGUCAGGAGCCAUGGACAGAGGAGGACAACAUAAGUGGUUCAGUCGGCGUGAAAAUGAAAAAUAUAAUUUCAUCUGUGCUGUAUAGAACGUCUGAAUGACCUUUAUCAUUGCUGGAUGACAGAGAAGUACAGACAACAACAAGCAGCAGUAAUCGUUUAAUAUUCGUUGAGGAUGAUGUUAUAUUUUACUUUUUAUGCAUCUCUUGAGGUUGUAUUUUGCAUCCCAUCAGUGUGGUACAGUAGUAGAAAAAAUAGGAAUAAAUAAACCAACCUAUAGUUUGCUAUAGUAAACAUUUCAUAUACUGACUUUGGAAUGUUUUAUGAUCGGGUGAUGUUUUAAAUAUGUAAAAUCAUAUUUCUGUGAUUAUCAUAUUUUUCAUUUUUUUUGUAAACAGAUCAAUUAUUUUUCUGAUGCUGAAUAAACUCUGACAUGUUUUAUGUCCAACGUUUACAUAAGUGAUGCCUAAUUUGAAAGUGAAAAUGCACACGUAAUGCACAUGUAUGAAAGGAGUUGUUAAAGUUGUUCAAAUCAAAAAAUCAAAAAACAUGUCUGAAUAUGUUCUGAAAUGGAUUUAAAUAACAAUGCUGUUUAUUGUAUAUAUUACGGUGGCCGACAAGGAUAAA